ACGAGGAGAACAAGAUGGACGAGGAGGACGAGGAUUUGUGCUCGUAUAAUCCGAGGUGGUUGGUGGUGGUUGGAGGUUGUCGGAGGUCGACGACGAGGAGGACGAGGAAGACUAGGAGAAGAAGGUGGCUGAGGAUUUGUGCUCGGUAUAGCCCGAGGUGGUUGGCGGUGGUUGGAAGUGGUCGAGCUGGACGAGGUGGAGGACGAGGAUUCGUGCUCGGUGAGUUUGACAUUUUUACAAUAUCUGAUGAAGUAGAAUCAGCAUCAGGAGUAGGAUCAGGGGAAGAUGUAGAAAUAGGAAUAGAAGUAGGAGUAGUGGUAGGAAUAGGACUCGGAGUAGAAAUAGGAGUAGAAGUAUACUUGAACUAA